CAUGUCAUAAGAACGCUACUUAACGGAAUCCCGCUUCUAAUAUUACACAGAUGUAAGCAAUUCACCGCAGAGUAAAUCACAUGUACAACAUGAUAGCCCGAAGUGUUUUACUCCUGAUUCCGCUCACCAUGUAUUUGGUCUGUAGGACAGAGGGGUGCGGAAAAGAGGAUUGGCGAAGCCUGCAAAUGCUUUGGCUAGAAGACGAAUGGACGGACCUGACGGAUAAGAGAAAAAAUACGGAAUCACUGCAUGAAUUUAUACAAUUGCUAUAUACGAAACCACAAUAUCUUAGGCUGCAAGACGCAAUGUUACAAUUGAGGCUUACAAUGGAGAAAGAACUGUUGCAAAUGCACCUAGGGAUAAAAGAAGCGAACCUAAGGAUAAAAGAUGAAAAGUUUAAAGUAUUCAAGGGAGUUUUAACCAUGAUGCACAGAGACUUUAUAAUGUUCUUUCAACGGCUUCCUGAGAAGUUGAAAAGAAGAGCCCCAACUGAGCUGAAAGAGUUCUACCGUCUCCUUGCCAUCCUGACACCUAAUGACGACUCAUUCGAUACAAAGGACUCGAAGUUGGUUCUGGAAAAGUGGCAGAAGUUGGCCAGCGCCCUGAAGCUUGUGCUGUUGCACAUUGAAAGUUACGUCGCGAAAAAAAAUCUGAAAUGGUUUCAAGAAGUGAAGAAAAAGUUAGAUGUGUCGAUUGGCAUAGUUGACAACCAUUCAAGGUGGCUGAGGGUUGAUCCUACUUUGUAUGAUACAAACACAGACUCGAGCGCAGGAAUAGGCUUAGCUAACAGUGAAUCUGCUGAUCUGAAAAAGAAAAUCAAAUCGAGCAGCAAAAAAGAUUUUUUUAGCGCUCUCGAGGAGUUGGGGGUUACAUAUUUUGUAAAAUAGUUACAUUGCCGCUUUGUAAUAGAUGUCUGACAAUAAAUAAAUCAAAGUUU